AUGAAGAUGAAGAGGUGCGGCACAUACAGUGUGGAAGUGGAGGAGGAGAAACAAGAAGUAGUUUGUCAACUUGGUGAUGAGUUAAUGGCUUUUGAGAUAUUGAGUAGACUUCCUAUCAGAUCUCUCAUGAGUUUCAAGUGCGUAUCCAAAAAUUGGCAAUCUACUAUUCAGGAAGAUCAGCACUUCAUUGAUUAUUAUUUACACUCGUCUGGACUGAACCACCAUCCAUCUCUUCUUCUUGUUGGGAAGCCUCGGUAUACACAGCAGCCAAGGUGUUUGUUAACAAUAGAAUUACUGACGACGUCAUCUGACAAUGAAGAUGGAUGUGUAGUAUCAGUUGGAGCCACCAGUAAAUGGAUUGCACCAUCAUCUCUUAGUCAGCAUCGAGUAUCCAGCCUAGACGGGUUGGUUUGCUUCAUGGACACGGAUAAUUAUCGCGCUUGCAUAUAUAACGUUACCACCAGAGAAUCAACCCCAUGGAUAAAAUCAGCCACUAAACAACAAGUAGAUGAAGAACAAGCUUUAUACAAAUAUUCUAGGUUAUUUCUUUUAAGGCAUGAAUUUGGAUAUGAUCCUGCGACCAAGGAAUACAAAGUUGUUUCGUUAUGGCGUCUGUGUAGACGUAACCGUGAGACUGAUGUUAAGAGUGUUGAUGUUGUUGGUGAGGUAUUGACUGUACGACAGAAUUCAUGGAGAAAGAUUUAUGUCGUCCUGCCAAAUAAUCACCUAACAAUGUCGUAA